AUGGCUGCCACAGAAAUAGUCAGUGUUACGGACGCCCCGUUAGACACGGAGAAACAGGUCCAGGAGACCGUCAUUCAUCUCGAGGAUGCACUCGCCUCGCUUAAUAUCGACCCCCGAGAAGCAGAUGAGGCUUUUGCUUUCUUACGGGACCAUCCCAAUGCCGACGGCGUCACUCAGGAAGCCAUUGCCAUUCUUGCGGAUGACGGUAAGCGCAAGGCACUCCUGCGGAAGAUCGACUGGGCAAUUCUUCCCUGUAUGAUCGCAACCUAUUUCCUGCAGUUCCUGGACAAGACGACCAUCGGUUAUACCGCUGUCAUGGGCCUCCGCGAGGAUACUCACCUCGUCGGCCAACAAUAUUCCGACGUUGCCAUGAUAUUUUACAUUGGCUAUUUGGCCGCGGAGUUUCCAACCCAGUAUCUCUCCCAGCGCAUAUCCCGACUUGGGAAAUACUUGGGUGCAAACAUCAUCCUCUGGGGUGCCGUCUUGGCAGCUCAUGCAGCUGCUCAGAACUAUGCUGGUCUGAUGAUCUGCCGUGCGUUGCUGGGAGUCUUCGAGUCGGUCGUUUCGCCCACCCUCGUACUGGUUGUCGCUAUGUGGUACAAGAAGUCGGAGCAAGGACGAAGAAUCUCCUAUGUCUACGUUUGCAACAGUCUGACAUCCAUCUUUGCGGGUCUCGUUUCCUGGGGCGUUUCGCAUACCAACAACAAGAGCUUCGCAAGCUGGCGAAUCUUCCUGCUCACGAUCGGCCUGGUCACAAUCGUUGUCGGUACCAUUGUCUUCUUCUACCUGCCAGAUUCGCCCGUCAAAGCCCGACGCUUCACCGAUGCCGAGAAAGUCGCGACACUUCUGCGCGUCAAGGACAACCAGUCUGGGACACAAAACGCCCAGAUCAAAAAAUCCCAGAUCCUGAAGACGUUCAAGGACCCUGGAGUGUAUCUGGUGGCGGUCUCGGUCGUGCUAUUGAGCGUCCCCACGGCCAUCCCCAACUUCUCCAGCAUCCUCUUGACCACGUUUGGCUAUACCUCUCAGGAAGCUCUGAUUCUGAAUAUCCCCGGCGGCGUGGUCGGUGCCAUCUCAACCAUCCUCAUCGGCUACCUGAGCGACAAAUGGAACGAUCGAAGUCUUGUCAUGAUCAUCAGUAUUCUCCCCACAAUCGCUGCCUUUGCCAUGAUGAUCGGACUUGACCCGGGCGGUGUCCCUAAGAGCAAAGGCGCUCUCCUGUUCGCCCUGUACCUCUGCAACUCAUUCACAUCGGCUUUCAUGCUCCUCCUCGUCUGGAACGCCUCCAACCUAGGAGGCCAUACCAAGAAGGUCACGGUCAACGCCUUGACGCUCAUGCUCUACUGCGCCGGAAACAUCGCCGGCACCGAGUCCUUCCGCGCGGCCGAAGCGCCCGGCUAUAUCAGCGGCAAGGCCGCCAUCAUGGCCACUCUGUCAGCUCAGGUCCUGGUCUGCCUCGUGCUGCGCUUCCGCAACGACCGCCUCAACAAGAAGAACCGCGAGAAACUCGCGGCCAUGAGCGAGGACGAGAAGGAGAGGCUGCGCCAACAACUCGCCUACGCCGACAAGACGGACCGGGAGAAUCCCUUCUUCGUCUACACCCAUUAA